UCAUUUAGAAAGCAAACAGCCCAAGCAAAGUUAUGGCUCAGUCAUUGUCUCCAAUUGCAGCAGCUACGACAUUGGCCUCAAUAUCAACCAAGAAGAGUAUCCCUUUGGCUUUUCAUGAUAAAAAAUUGGAUACAACUCUUCUCUCUCGCAGGAGUCUUGCCUUGGGCUUGGCCGGAGUUGCGCUAAAUGCAGGUAACAACAAUGCAAAUGCUGCUGCAAGAAGGCCUCCACCACCCCCACCCACAUCAGAGGAGAAAAAGGACCCAAAUAUGAAUGGUGUCAUGGCAAAAGUAUUAGCUAGCAAGAGAAGAAAGGAAGCUAUGAAAGAAUCCAUAGCCAAGCUAAGGGAGAAAGGGAAGCCUGUCAAAGAACCAUCUCAAUAGUAAUUUGUAACCAAUAUUAUGUAUUAAGACAAUUGAUGUGUUGCAUGCUUGCUCUUCUUUA